AUGGAAAAUAAUAGAUAUGCACAAAAUAUAUAUUUCAAAGGAUUUAAUGAGAGAAACAAGAAUUAUUUAAUAGUUAACGAGAAAGAAAAUAUACAAGAUUGUAAUAAUAACCUUUUAGAAUUAUCAAAAAAUAUAAUACCUAUAAAAAAUUAUAAGGAAGAAAGUACUUAUAGUAAAUUAAGAGUAGUAAAGAACAUGAACACCGCAAAUAAUACAGUAUCUUAUGUGCCUCUGAAUAAUAAUAAUAAUAAUAAUAAUUUUGUAAAUACUAUAUCAAAUCCUUUAAAGUUUAAUAACAUGAGUGGAAUAUAUAGAAAUGAUAGCUUGUUAUAUGUAAACAGCAAUGUAAAUAAUGUGGAUAAUAUGGAUAAUAUAAAUAACACAAAUAACAUAAAUAAUAAUAACAAUAAUAAUAAUAAUAAUAAUAAUAUUUGUUGUAGUAGUAUGAAUGAUAAAUCGUUUAAAAUAAAUAACAACUCCUUAAGUAAUAACAUGAGUAAAGGGAAAAUAUAUUCAAACAUAUUUCAUGAUAAAAAAAAUGAAGAUAAUAAUUUUGAGAGGAACAAUUUGCAUAUGAAUUCCUUUAAUAAGAAUAGGAAUGUAAAUAUGUAUAAGAAUGAUUUUAUAUGUUCUAAUGUAAAUAAUGACAAUGUUAUGAUAAAUACGAAUCAACAGAAUCGUAAUUUUUUAAAUAAGCAGAUAGAUAAUAGUAGUAAUAAUAAUAAUAUGUCUUCGAUGAAUAAUAUUAAAAAUAACUUAAACAAUUUUAUAAACAAUUCAAAUAUUUUAAUGAACAAAAAUGUGUUAAGCCAAGGUAAAAGUAUUAUACUUAACCAUUUUUGUGAACCUAAUAUGGAACCUUUGAAAAAAAACACAGUGGACCUUUUAAACAACAAUAAUAAUAAUGUGAAUAAUAUGAAUAGUGUGAAUAAUAUCAAUAGUGUGAGUAGUGUGAAUAAUAUCAAUAGUGUGAAUAAUAUCAAUAGUGUGAGUAGUGUGAAUAAUAUGAAUAGUGUGAAUAAUAUGAAUAGUGUGAAUAAUAUGAAUAGUGUGAAUAAUAUGAAUAGUGUGAAUAAUAUGAAUAGUGUGAAUAAUAUGAAUAGUGUGAGUAGUGUAAAUAGUGUGAAUAGUGUAAUUAGUAUGAAUAAUAUGAAUAAUCAAAAUACCUUGUUGAAAAAUUUUAACAACUCCAUUAGUAGUAAUAAUUUACAUAAUAAAAACAUGAAUCAUUUAAAUUUUAUGAAUAAUAUGACCUCAUAUAAUAAUAUGCCUAUAAAUGUUGAUAAUUCAAAUGUGUUGAAUAAUAAUAACCACAUGGGAAAUAAAAUUAUAAACAUGUCUACAAACAUAAAUGGAGCAAUCGAAAGGUCAAAUGUUUCAACAUACAAAAACAAUCAUAAUAAUAUGUUAUGUAGUAAGUUGGUGCAUCAGGUUCCUUCCUCGACCAUGGAUAUGAAUCUUAGAAAUUUUACUAAAUGUAGCAACAAUGUCAAUAGUAUGAAUAAUCAACAUUUGGUUAGUUUAAAUUGUAAGAACAACUCCAACAUAGUAAUAGAAAACACAAUGAAAGGAAGGGAUAUCCUUAACAUGGAUCAAAUAAAUGAUAAAUCAAUUUUAAAUAAUGAUUUUGGAAGUAAUACAAUCGUAGGAGAUGUUGUAACUAAUGGGAAUACUAUGAGUUUGUUUAAUAAUAGUGUGAAUUUUUUAAGAAAAAAAAUUGGAAACAUAAAUCAUGUUGAUAAAAUGAAUAACAUGAAUAAUAUAAAUAACAUCAAUAACAUGAAUAAUAUAAAUAACAUGAAUAACAUGAAUAAUUAUAACACGUUAAAUGUUUUAAAUAAUGAAAAGGAAGGAGUGAGAACCAUUGUAAUGUCAGAAUUAUCAAGUGAAAUGAUUAUGGGAAAUAAUAAAAAUGUAGGUGAUGCUAAUAUGGUGAACAGUAAUGUAAAUUAUAAUAACAUUAGUACAGAUAAUUAUGCUAAUAUAUUAAAACAUUUAUGUACACCCGUUAAGAAUAAGAAGAUAGAGAAUGUGUGUGAAAGUAUGGACGAGACUUUGAUAGAAAAUAUUGAUAUUCAUGAAAAGAAUGAUGAAGUGAAUAAUUUUGAAAAUGUCAAAGGAAACAACAUUAACAAUAAUAACAACAACAUUAACAAUAAUAACAACAACAUUAAUAAUAAUAACAACAACAAUAAUAAUAAUAAUAAUAACAACAACAAUAAUAAUAAUAGUUUGGUAAAUAUUUUACAUAAUAAUGUCAGCGAAAAUAUACUUUUAAACGAUAAUAUGCUGGAUGAUCUAUAUCAAAAUGGUAAAUAUAAAAAGAAUAACAUAAUAAACAAUAAUGUAAAUAAUAAUGAACUCUUUAAUAAUAAUAUUAUAUCUUAUAAUAAUAAUGGUCAAGUUUAUGUAAAUCAAGAAAGUGGAACAUCAAAUAUUAUUAAUAAUAAUAAUAAUAAUAAUAUCUUUGAAUUGAAAAAAUUGAACUUAUUUGCUGAGAGAAAAAAAAAGGGAGAUAAAGAAAUAGAUAAUGAGAAAAAAAAAGAUAAUAUACAAAAAUGCAAAACUAAAGUAUUCUUUUAUAUAAAUCCUAAAUAUAUUAUUGAACCUUUAAAAAGAAAAAUUUAUCAAAACAUGUCCAUUUAUAUUGAAAAUUUAAUUAGUGAUGUUAAAUCAAUUCAAAAUAAAGAUAGAGCAGAAAUAUUAACAAAUCUACAUAACACAUCAUGGUUUUGUAUGAUUUUCGAUUUUGAUGGUAUUAGUAAAUUACUUAAUGUUUUUAAUAAAUAUUUAAUAUAUUCGGAUGCUCUGAUUAUACCUGAUACGUUAUUAUCUAAUAAGACAGAAGCAGGAACGGACCAUAUCACUACAUCGAAUAAUAAUAAUGAUGGUCAUGGUGAUGAUCAUGGUGAUGUAAAUUGUAAUGUACAAAAUGUUACUCAUAAUUCUUCUUUUCAAAAUCAUACCUUAUUAAAUGCUCCUAAAGAAAAUGAAGCAUUUUUAAAAGACAUGGAUUAUUUUUUUGAAAAAACAGACACAUUAGAUUUAUUAAAUAAAAAAAUAUAUGACUAUGAAAAUAAUAUAAUAGAAAGUGUAGAGAAAUAUAAUUAUUUAAAAGAAUUAUGUAACUCUUUAAAGAAACAAGUCAUUAUGAAAAAAAAAAAAUUACUCUUAUUAAUAGAAAAAGCAAAACUUCAAAAUUUUACAUACAAAAAUAAAGACUUACAAAUACUUUUAAAUGUUGAAAAAAAAAAUCAACAACAAAACGGGUUUGAAAUAAGUCAUAAUAAUGAUAAUAUUAAUAAUAAUGAUAAUAAUUCUACCUUUCCGUUAAAUAAUGAAUAUUAUGAUAUCUUUAAACAAAUUGACGAGGGACUAAAAUAUCUAAAAAAAUACUCCAGUGUCAUUGUAUCCAAUCAAGAUAUGCAUGAACAUAUAAAAAAUGAAGAGGACAUUCAAAAUUUUUACGAGUCCUCCAUUUCAACAGAAGAUCAUAGCUGUGAUCAUAAUAUUAAUGAUGAAAGGAGAAAACCAGAAAAUUCGGAUGAUGAUGAUGAUGAUGAUCAUCAUCAUCAAUAUCAUCAUGAAGACGACGACAACAUAAACUAUGAUAACGAACAAGGACAUACAGAUCGACAAUAUGAACUAGAAAAUAAAAAAUACCUAGAUAAUAAAUAUCUAGAUGGUGUUAAUAAUAUGCAUAUAUCAACAAAUAAACAUAAAAGGAAAAGUGUUCAUUAUAAAGAAAAUGAUUUUUUAAAAAUGCAAAAUGUAGCAGACGACCUAAAUAAUAAAGAAAACAUUAAAAAAAGAAAAACAAUAAAACAAAUAAAAAACUUACAGUGGGAAAAGGAAAAUAAUGAAGAAUGGGUAGAUGAGUUUUUAGAGGACUUCUAA